ACCCGACUCAGCGAGUCCUGAUGAUAAGUAUGCGGUGGCAUAAGAAGAGUAGAAGAGGUAUUAGUUAGUAGGUCGAAGACACAAGCCGCGAACGAAAUCGAGGGAUGAUGGUGUUAAGCUUGGGAGCCCUUCGACUUUCCUGCAAUUCUUCUUCUAUUCUUCUCACAAUUCCUCAUAAUCUCACCAUUUCAUCUCUUUCCAGCAAAAGCUACAAAACACACUCACCUACUCUCCUUUUGAAUGUUAAUUCCAACAGUUUGGUCUCACAGGUUCGUAAAGAAGGCGGUCCUUUUCUUGAUCAGCAAGGAGCUCGUUUCUCCGUUUUUGCCACGAAGAAACGUAACAAAAGCACUAGCACGCUCUUGGAUAUGAGCGGUUAUGAUGAUGACGAUAUUGGGGAUGAGGAAGACGAUGAUGAGAUGUUUGUACCUUUUGCUAACAUGAAAAAGUGGCUGCAGGAUAAGCCAUCUGGGUUUGGUGAAGGCAAAGUCUAUGAUACUUCAAUUGAGGAUAAGCUGCUUGAAGAAAUGGAGCAGAGUAGAAACGCACAGCUUGCCAAUAUUAAUAAUCUUAAAAACAACCCUCCAAAUGUCAACUCCAAGAAGGAGAAGCAAGUGAGAGCACCUGAGGUUAUUUCAAGUGGAGUUCAGGUUCGUAUUGGGAACCUUCCCAAGAAGAAGAACAUCCAUAGGGAUCUGAAAGUGGCAUUUAAAGAGUUUCCUGGAAUAAUAAACAUAAGCCCAGCAGUCUCUGGAAACAAAAAGACUAGGGACCCUGUUUGCAAGGGCUUUGCGUUUAUUGACUUUGACACUGAGGAGGCCGCAAUAAGGUUUGUGAAGAUAUAUUCAAGACAAAGUUUACUUUUUGGCAAGAUUGAAAAGCAGAUAACCUGUGAGAUAACAAAUCCACGCCACUCUUCCUAUGCCCAUUUUGAGCAGUCAAUAGAGGAAAACUACAUGCCUACAUCUGAACAAACUUACCCCAGCAUCAAAGAAGAUCUAGAUUCAGAUUCUGAUAUAAUUACAGUGAAUUCGUGGGAAGACCCCUCUGGUGAGUAUAAUGAUUUAGAGGAUCAGAUUAUAUCAGCAGACUGGGAAGAGACUGGUGAGAAUGUUGAAUUUGCCAACAUGUGUGAGCCAAGUGAAGAUGAAAGCAUGCGACCAGGAUCUACAACUAAUUUAUUAUCCUCAAAGCGACAAAAAAAGGCCCAGAAAGUCCAUAAGAAACAAUCUGUCAAAAGAAAUUCAGCCAAGCCUCCAAAAUUGAAUGUUCCAGGUUCUGCGAAAAGACUGAAGGUUAGGGAAAAAGCUGUCCUAACAGGUGUGUUCUCCAAGUAUGGAGGAAAUCCUUCACUGACCUCACAAGAAGAGAGGUAAUUCGGUAUAGUAGUGUAGAUCAUUUUCACAACUGUUGAGAUUGAAGACCAAUCCAAGGUUCCCAGGCAGCAGAUUUGUUAAAAUUGAGGAAAGUGUUUGAAGUUGUGUAGCUGAUAUUGUUUUAUGAGAGCUAGGUACUUGGGGGAGGGGAUGGAAAGAAUAAUUUCCACUUUCCACAUGUUAACCACCACCAAAUUCAAAUGAGAUUCUUGGUGCAAAUGAGUUUUGGCUUUUUGGCUCUUAAGCUGAUUCAAUAUGUAAAAAGAAGGCCAUUGUAGAUGAAUUGUUUUAGCUUUAAGCAAAAUUAAAUGAUUCGUUUACAUUUUGUUAAGAUACAAGUAUAUGACUGUAAAAUGGAACCAUUUCAUUCUGGUUCUGCACGACAAUCAUUGUCACAGGUACACCAAUUCCUGAUUGUUAAA